AUGGUUCCAUCAUACACCGACACCCGUGCCACCUUCGUGUUUUUCCUGCUGUACUUGGUGGUGUCCUUGUAUCUGCUGAACAACAUCCUUCUGGCGGCAGCCUACGAUGCUUACAAGGUUCAGCUCGUUGGGCAGCUCCAAAAAUUCCAGACAUUGAAAGCCUACUCCGUCGGGAAGGCUUUCCGCCUUUUGGCAUCCGAUCCAGGGGCCAUGAAGGACAAAGAGCUGCAAAUCAGCAAAGAGAGGUGGGUCCAGUUUGUCCUCCACUACUAUGCGCUUUUCCACCACGUCCGCAGCGAGCGUGACCGGAAAUACGUCGGGCAGAAGGCAAACUCUGCUUUUCUGCAUUUGGACGUCGACUGCAGCGGGAGGCUCUCAGAGGACGAGUUCAAGUCCGUGUUGGAGGUGCUCUCGGACCCAAACAUCUACAUUCCCACACGCCCUUUUCCACGAGCUUCAGAGACAUGCGUGGGAAGGCGACUGCUGGAGCUCUUCCAAGACGGCAUCAGGCUGCCUUGCCGCUCCUUGACCUGGAGGUUUGUGCUUGACGUAGUGACCUUCUUGGAGUUAGUGGCCGCAGCAGGACAAAGCAUCCUGUUCGUGUCACCAGCCAUGGGCGGCAAGUUUCGGGACUCGCCGCUCCGGCCCUGGCAUGGCUGGUUCGAGGUUAUGACGGCCAUCACUGUCUUCUUCGUCCUGGAGAUGUCCUUGCGCAUGCUGGUUCUUGGCCCGGCCAGGUUUUGGUACAGAUCUCCACAUCGGAAUCGGUUCGACUUUGUGAGCAAUGCCAUGCUCAUCAUCAUGGAGGUGGCCGCUUAUGUUUACACCAGCUUUCACACGAAGGCACCGGACUAUCUUGUCCGCACGAUCCUGGUGAUCCACAUCAUGCGGAGCGUCUGCCUGGCACAGCGCCUCAAGCCGCUGCGCUACCUCGUCGCCUUGGUGGUGCGCUUAUUGCCUUUAUACUCUCGCUUGGGUAUGGUUCUGCUGAGCACGUUCUACAUUUUCGCCACCAUUGGGGAGCCUCUAUUCGGAGGACGGCUUUACAAAGGGAAUCCACAGCUUGAGGACUCUUUCUUCGCAGCUUCACAUUACUGGGCCUUGAACUUCAACGACAUCCUCUCAGGUUUUGUCACGCUGUUCUCCAUCAUGAUCGUCAACAACUGGUUUGUGAUAGCUGGCGCCUGCAUCCUGGUGACGACGGCAUACUCUGCGAUUUUCUUUAUCUGCUUUUUUGUGAUAGUCAACCUCAUUGUCCUGAACAUUCUGAUUGCUUUGAUCUUGGAGUCCUCCCAAGCCGUCCGUGAGGAGCUCCAGGGACCCAUCGAGGAAGACCUGAGCCUGGAAGAUGCCCAGCAGAUGCCAGGCAGCCGCGAAGUUCUCCUCCAGCGGAUGCUGAUGAGCGAAGACCACUCCAAGCACAGGGGAUCAGCCUCGCAGGACCUGAUGAAGUACACCUCCGAAGGCCAGAUCCUCGUGAAUGGUGAGACCACCAGCGCGGAGUCCGAAUCUGGAUCGACAGAUGGCUCGGAGAAGUGA